AGUCAACCGCGAGUCAAAGUAUAAAAGGCGCGGCGCGAUUAUGUCCGCACGGUCUGUUCAAUGACGGCUACAAGCUACUGUGAUGUUCGCACGUUCGCACGAAACUGCGUCUACCUGGCGCUUCUCAUCGUCGUUUCUGUACGAUCGGAAGUUGUCGAAGCCGUUUGCAACAAAACACAAUGCCUCGGUCCUCUGUCGUAUUACAAGGCGCUAGGUUGCAAACCGGUGUACAAAAAUCCCAACGAUUGUUGCGCCGAGAAAUAUGACUGUAGCUUCUUGAAGGAAUUGUCGAAGGACAAGUGUUACGUGAAUGGUCACGAAUAUAAUCUUGGGGAGAAGUUGAGACAGGAGGACGGGAAUCCUUGCGAUGUAGAGUGUCUAUGCACGAAAUAUGAGGAUGAACAAGCUGCCAUGUUUCUUUGUGCAAUGGUAGUCUGCCCAUAUCAAGCGCUUGAACCGGGUUGCUACUUCAAUAGAUCCGUGUACCACUGUUGUAACAAUUACGAAGAAAUUUGUCCUGGAGAAGACGAGCAAUUGCCGACGUGCGAAGUAGAUGGUGUAAUUUACAAGGCGGGUGACUCUUUCGAACCAAAAUCUGAUCCAGACAUGACUUGUUACUGUAUGGCAGGAUACACAGGUGAAAAUAUUGAACCCUUCUGCAAGAAGCCAAAUAAACCGUAUUGUGCUCCUCUAUUCCACGAUGCUGAUCUGGUUCAUCGAAAUUGUGUGCCCGUCUAUUAUGACCCAGAACAAUCCCCACAAACAGACUGCAGUGUCAUGUACAGAUGUCAGAAUAAAAAGGACGUUGUCAUUCACAAGCACGAUAGCGCUAAGUCCGUCUCUGAUGCAGAUAAUGAUAUGUGUCGAUUCGGUAACAUGACGAUGCACAUGGGCGAUGAAGUGAACCAAAGAAACGACUAUGAUUCUGUGUGCGUAAAGUGCGUGUGCGAAGUUCCACCUGUUCCAACGUGUAAGCAACUUCCUUCCGGCGAAUGUGACGUUACGAAUCAUGCUCCAUUCGGGAAUAAUUUCUGAACCUAGAAAUCUGUGAUUCAUACCAACGAAAAAGUAUGAAAAUAUAUUACUAGUCUUACGUACCUAAAUAUUGCAAAUUUAAGGCAAUAAUUGCUAUAUCUGUAAAAACAAAAAUUAGUCACUGGAUGAGUUAAAAUUGUUAAUUUAAUAAAAUGUUUUAAAACGGCA